AUUCAUUUGGAAGCCAUUCGGAGAUUUUCUGUGUCACUCGAAUCACCUUCCGUCAUCAGUUAAGAUAGUAAGAUUACUGGAUAUAGCGAAAAGAUAUAAGUAUCUUCUACUUCUGAUCUCAAGCUUCGACACUCUCCACUUUUAAGACGGUGGGAUCUGCGGUCGGUCAGCAACUUGUUGCUGAUUUUGAGCUAAGCCUAAUAGUAAGCUGCGUUUCGUUAUUGAGAUCGGUGCUCAAUGCAAACGGUUUUAUGUAGUGCUGUAGUGAAAAGGCAAGCCCGACCCCCUUUAUCUUAAGAUAAUUACUUGCGUUGUUUUAAGUAGUUAGAAAGUUUUACUUUUGUGAUUCAAUAAUUUCAACUAUUUCCACAUACUCGGGAUCACGGCAAGUGCUAGUGCAGAUAGAAAUUUUGUUCAAGUAUUUCCUUGUUGAAAUUGUGCUUUGUGGCCAACCUUUGCUGGAAAACCGUGCGUGUCCGUGGAAUUUUCAUUGCAGACAGUGAAAAUACGAUAGAGUUUACUAUCCAGCGACGAAUAUCUUGGAAAUUUAUAUUACAUAAACCGUCCAAGCAGCCAGCAUGGUCAAUAAAGUAGCGCUGCUCACUCUCAUCAUCUGUGGAUAUCUUUUGAUAACAGAUUGUCGUGAAACAGUCCGAUCGAAACGUGCCAAACGUCCACGUGCAUCAUCGGCCAUUGAAUUUCGACCUGAACCGGAACAGGAACUGGACGAAGCCGACGGCAAUACUCAGGAGAAGCCACUUACAAUUCCAACAAGCUUCCUUAGUCCGUCAGUUCGUGAAUAUCUCGAGUUAGGAAAAUCAAUUCCGGGUCGACCUGGAACAGACUAUCCAAUUUUGUCAGCUGUACCCUACACCAACUUCUACUGUGAUGAACAACCUUAUCCAGGCUUCUUUGCUGACAUGGAAACUAGAUGUCAAGGUUGGCACUAUUGCGACAUAGACGGCAGACAGGCUAGUUUUCUAUGUCCCAACGGAACACAAUUCUCCCAGGCAGUUUUCGUAUGCGAUUGGUGGUUCAAUGUUCGUUGCGACCUGUCACCCAGGCUCUAUGAAAUCAACGCCCGAUUAUACCAGCGUCCAAAGGUCAAUCCGACCCGCCCACAUCGGAUAAUCACCAAACAAUUAGUUGAUGAUAUUUUUAAUAAAUAAAAGAUAAAUUCGUCCCCAGACAUGUACAUAUCUUUAGGGUUGCGAAGUUAGUGACAAAUAGUCUAAAUACUUCAGAUAAUCCUUUGUAAAAUUUUAGAUGCCUAAAGUAGCGAAUUAUGAAAAUUGACAAUCCUUUGAAAAUUCAUUGCGCAGAUUUGAUUAUGAAACGGAUAAUUUGACUCAAUAGCCUGUCAUUAGUGAUAAUACACAAAUACAUAUCUCAACUUUCCAUUCUUCAUUUCAUUAAGUAGUUUUCGGUGCUUUGAUAUUCAAAGCUGGUCAUAUGAGAACAUCGCACAGAAUAGAAUGAUUUAUAAUUACCUUCCCCUAAAUUGUAGCGUAAAAGUGAUGUAAAUUUUAAAAUUUUUGGGGAAAAAUCUCUUUACUUUACUCUAACAGUAAAUUAAUUUUGAUUGAUGUAUCUGUAACAUUGUUUCCUUUCGUGAACUAAUACUCGUACUAUCUUUUUAUUCUAAUCACAAAAUCUCAUGUAUAUACAUGCAUACCUACUUCACUUUGAAUUGUUUUUGAAAUUUUAUUUAUUGUUCAAAACUGACGUACAAAAUGGUCUUAUUCCAAUAAAAACAAAUAAAAAAAAAU